AUGGAAGUUUUCCUAACCCAGAAACGAACGAAAAAGAAAAUGUGUUAUGUUGUUUUGGGACCUCGCAGUGUGUAUAAAAGAGACCACGCUUUAAUCAAACCAGAAAGUCAUGUCUUCAGCCCUUUACCUGAUUGGACCAAUACAUUGGGAGCAUAUCUAAUAUCUCCAGCAAUGAGAUCACACUUUGUUAUGUACUUAGCAAAGAUGUUGCCGACCCUCUCUUGCCCAUAG